AUGAAGCAAUCCUUGUUGUUGUAUCUAUUUAUUGUAUUUAAUAUUAUACUAAACUUAGUUCAUAGUCAAAAAACGUACGAACUCUACCAUAAUUUAAUGUCAAAUUACAAUAAAAAUGUUCGCCCAGUAAGAAAUAAUACUGAUCUUGUGAACGUCAAAAUUGGUCUCAAACUAAUACAAAUAGCGGAUGUGGAUGAAAAAAAUCAAUUAAUGCAAACACAUGUGUACGUACUACACGAAUGGCAAGAUGUUAGUCUUAUAUGGUCUCCAGAAGACUAUGAUGGUAUAGAAUAUAUACAAAUGCCUAGUGACUUAAUUUGGAAACCAGAUCUUGUUUUAUACAAUAAUGCUGAUGGUGACUAUCAAAUAACAACAAGAUCAAAAGCACAAAUUCGAUAUGAUGGAAUAGUAAAAUGGAAUCCUCCAAUGGUUUAUAAAUCUUAUUGUUCCAUUGAUAUUCAAUAUUAUCCAUUUGACAUACAAAAUUGUACACUUAAAUUUGGUACAUGGUCAUAUCAUGGUUCUCUUGUUAAUUUACAAUUUUUAACGAAUAACGAAUCUUCUGUUCUUGAACGUGGUUGGGAUCUUGAAGAUUACACUCCAUCGAUUGAAUGGGAAAUUUUAAAUCUUCGAGCAAUUCGUCACGAAAAAAUCUAUGCUUGUUGCGUGGAAGUUUUUCUUGAUUUAACAUUUACAUGUACUGUACAACGAAAACCACUAUUUUACAUAGUUAAUUUAAUAGUACCAUGUGUUAAUAUAUCUGUUCUUGCUGUACUCGUUUUUCUAUUACCAUCCGAUAGCAAAAAGAAAAUAACACUAUCAAUAUCGAUUCUCGUUGCUUUACUUGUAUUUUAUUUACUACUCAUUGAACUUAUUCCACCGACGUCAUUAGUUAUCCCAUUACUUGGUAAAUAUUUAUUGUUUACGAUUGUAAUUGUAAAUUUAUCAAUUAUAAUAACAAUAAUAACACUUAAUGUACAUUUUCGUCGUCAUUCAACUUCGCAUAUGUCACCAUUACUUCGAAAAACGCUUCUAAUUUAUUUACCAAAACUUCUACUUAUGGAACGACCACCUGUACCACCAAGAUAUGUAUAUGUUAAAUCGCAACCCUACGAAAGUAUUGAUAAUCAACGUUCAACAUUUCCAUGGAAAAAUGAUCAACGAAGGCAAAUUGCUAGAAUAACAGCUGAUCAUAUUGCUUACAUUGCAGAGCAAAUCGAAAAUGCUCAAACUGAAAAAGAAAUCGUUGAAGAAUGGCGUUUUAUUGCUUUAAUUUUUGAUCGGCUUUUUCUUAUAAUUUUUGUAUCCGUCAGUCUACUCGGUACACUAACAUCAUUAUUAAAAGCUCCAUCAUUAUAUCAUGCUAGUUCACCCAUCGAUCCAGUGUGUUUUCUAUAUUAUCCACCUAUAAACGAUUCUCAAUGGAUGAAAAAAUGUGGUGCAGAUUAUUUACAGAGUUUAUCAGAUACAUCAUUCAUUGCAAAUAUUCAAUCAUAA